AUGCGACUCUCUACUUUGAUGGCAUUUGGGGCUCUGGCUGGGAAUGGAGCACUGGCCUUGAAUGCGGAUGGAUGGCGCAGCCAGUCUAUCUACUUUCUCAUGACGGAUCGUUUUGCUCGGACUGAUGGGUCGACGACUGCUCCUUGUGAGCUUAGCCAAAGGGCAUACUGCGGUGGGAGCUGGCAAGGGAUUAUAAACCAACUUGAUUAUAUCCAAGAUAUGGGAUUCACUGCAAUUUGGAUCACACCCAUCACCGAGCAGAUUCCCGAGACGACUGCAUUUGGAACGGGAUUCCACGGUUAUUGGCAGAAGAAUAUAUAUAACGUUGAGUCCCACUUGGGGACAGCAGACGAUAUAAAGGCGUUAUCCAAGGCGCUUCACGACCGCGGGAUGUACCUCAUGCUUGAUGUCGUGGCCAACCAUAUGGCCUACGCCGGUCCUGGGGGAUCAACCGACUUCAGCAUCUUCACCCCAUUCAACUCAGCCUCCUACUUCCACUCGUACUGCCCGAUCAACAACUACGACGAUCAGUGGCAGUCCGAGAACUGUUACCUGGGAGACAACACAGUGUCGCUCACGGACCUGAAUACCCAGAACUCCGAGGUCCGCCGUAUCUGGUAUGAUUGGAUCAAGGAUAUUGUUUCAGAGUACUCCAGAUCAGUUGACGGACUACGCAUCGAUACUGUCAAGCAUGUCGAAAAGGACUUCUGGCCGGGAUAUGUCCAGGCAGCAGGGGUAUAUGCUGUUGGUGAAGUCUUCAACGGCGACCCAGCGUACACAUGCGGCUACCAGGCGUCGAUUAUGGACGGCGUUAUGAACUAUCCGAUGACUAACUUAGGAGCUAGAUACUAUCCCCUCAGAGAAGCCUUUAAGUCUUCUAGCGGAAGCAUGGGAAACUUGUAUAACAUGAUAAACUCCGUUGCGUCUAACUGCAGGGAUCCAACUUUGCUGGGUAGUUUUAUUGAGAAUCAUGAUAAUGCCCGGUUCGCAAGCCCCAGUUACACCGACGACAUAUCCCAGGCCAAGAACGUCCUCGCUUUCAUCUUCCUGACAGACGGAAUCCCAAUCGUCUACGCCGGCCAGGAACAGCACUACUCAGGCGGAGAGGAUCCGUAUAACCGCGAGCCUGUCUGGUGGUCUGGCUACUCUAGCCAGUCCGAGCUGUACCAGUUCAUUGCCGCUACGAACAAGGCCCGCAAGUUGGCUAUUGAUAAUGAUUCGGGCUAUGUUACGUCUCGGAAUACACCAUUCUACAGCGACACAAACCACAUCGCCAUGCGCAAAGGCUCCCAAGGAUCUCAGGUUAUCACGCUGCUAUCGAACCACGGCUCCCGCGGUAGCUCGUAUACAUUCGACCUCAGCAACCACGGGUACUCGUCUGGCUCUAAGCUUGUAGAGCUAUACACCUGCUCCUCGCUGCAAGUCGACUCGAACGGAAAUAUCCCCGUGCCUAUGUCGUCGGGUCUUCCGCGCGCGCUUGUCCCUGCCUCGUGGGUAUCUGGGAGUGGAUUGUGCAGUAGUACGCCGACGAGUACGCUUACGACUACGACUGCAACGGCGACAGAAACGGCUUGUGUGUCCGAGACGGCGGCGGCAACGGCUUUGCAGAUUGUGUUUGAGGAGAAGGUGCAGACGGUAUACGGGGAGAAUAUAUAUCUCGUUGGGUCUAUAGCGCAGCUUGGGAACUGGGAUCCGGAUAAUGCUGUGAAGUUAUCUGCGGAUGCGUAUACGUCUGCAAACCCGGUUUGGACCGUGACUAUAAGUCUGCCGGUUGGGAUGAGCUUUGAGUACAAGUUUGUGAAGAAGACGGGUGCAGAUGUUGUUUGGGAGAGUGAUCCGAAUCGGCAGUAUACUGUUCCUGCGGGGUGCGAGGGAGAGAAGAAGACGUUGGGAGGGUCCUGGAGGUAG